AUGUUCCAUUUUCCAGCUCCAUCAGACAGAACACUUCCGGAGAAUAUUGAAUGUAAAUCACCAUAUUUGGAUCGUAUGAACUGCACGACUCUUGAUCGUAUUAAAGGAUCCCUUGUUGGUCUAGUAGUAGGCGAUGUGCAGGAGGUCAGUACUGAGCAUACCGACGAUCCAACUCAUGGCAAAACAUCUGGAAGAAAAUCUAAACUCCAAACGAAUCAAUGGACUGGUAAUACAUCGAUGGCUCUCUGUCUUGCUUCUUCGCUGAUCACUCAACGUACUUUUAAUCCCUAUGAUCAGUUAGUUCGCUAUAAAUGGUGGUAUAAAUAUGGAUACUUGUCAGCGACAGGACGCUGCCUCGAUAUUGACAAUGUUAUGCGGGAUUCGCUUGAAGAAUUUUGCCGUCGUCAGACUGAUCUAAAUAGAUUCUAUGGUUAUAUUACGGAAGAUAAGCUCGACAGUUUAUCUAGCGAUGCAAUUUAUCGAUCAGUAGGAUUUGAUGUGAACUGUAGCCGCAAAGGUGUUAAUGGAAGUGCAGCACUUGCACGUCUUGCUCCUAUACCAUUGCUCUAUUAUCGAACACCAUCAGUCGCUGUUGAACUUUCAGGAUUAUCGGCACGUCUUACCCAUGGCGAUGAUAGAAUAGUCGAUGUGUGUAGAUAUUUUGGAGCACUAAUUACUGCAGCUGUUCGCGGUGAAUCCAAAGAAGCAUUACUCAGUCAUCGAUUUUAUGAUGAUCAUCGAGAUUGGUUUGAUUGGAAAGAUCUUCAUCCAAACGUGCGUACUGUAGCGCUAGGAUCGUAUAAACAACGAAGUGAUUCUAAAAAUGAUAUUCGUCCUACGAAUGAUAUUAUUCAGACGCUCGAAGCAGCCUUGUGGGCCUUCGGGAAUGAUAAUAAUUCUUUUCAAAAAGGUGUAGUCGCUGCCAUUAGUCUCAAUCAUGAUAUGAAAAAUAUAGCAAUUAUCUACGGUCAACUCGCAGGCGCCUAUUAUGGUUAUAGUCGAAUUCCCAUGCAGUGGACCCAAUAUAUUUACGCACAGAAGUUAAUAACUUGUACUGCUGAAUGGUUAUAUUUUUUGUCGGACCGUGCGACGUCUGGACUUGAAAAACUGAAUGAAACUCAAAAAUACAUGUAUUCAUCAUCGAGAUGGCAAUCAUCGAACCUGGUCGAUGCUUCAGAUCAAUUUUCUAACUAUUAUGAACAAUGUCUUAAUGAUAAAACGGUAGAAAUAAAAAUUGCUCGUGUUGAUCUUAUUCGUCCAAAUAAUAUUUUAUUGUUUAUAUUUCGUCAAGAAUCAGGAACAUUUGGUACUGUUGCCGAUUUAAGUGAUGAAGCACGUGUAAUGCAUCCACGUCAUCAUUUAAUCUAUACAUAUGUUGCACAAAGUCAUCCAUUUAAACGUGUACGUUUUGCAUUAGAAAAAAUGCUUGCUCGUCCACUUGAUUUAACAUAUUCAAGUGAUCGUAAUACAACUAUGUAUGAAUCAGCUAAACCAAUGGCACUUUUAUAUCAACCUUUAACAUAUUAUGAUGAUACAUUCGUAUUACAAGAAUAUUUUAUACCAAAAGAAUAUUUUCAUCAAUGGUAUGAGAAAUUAAAAGAAAUUCUUCAAAAAAAAUAUCAAUAUCUUUUUCUAUUAAAUUUAACAAUACGUUUUGUUAAACGAGAUCAAUUAACAUUUCUUUCAUAUACAAAACAAAAUGAUUCAUAUGCAUUUGUUUUUUAUUUUCGUAUGAAACGAAAUGAAUUAGGUGAUAAUGAAGUUAAAACUAUUCAUCAAACAUUAAUUCAAUUAGCUUUUCAAUGUCGAGGAGUAUUUUAUCUUCCUUAUCGACAACAUUAUUCCUAUCAACAAAUCCUACAAGCAUAUCCAAUGUUUGAAGAAUUUCUUGAUAAAAAACGUGUGUAUGAUUCAAUUGGAUUAUUUUCAAAUGAUUGGUAUGAAUAUUAUCGACCGAAAAAAGAAUUUUCAAUGAUUACAAAUCGAAUCAAUGAAAUUAAAUUAACAACAGAUCGAUUUCAAAUUGUUGAACAACGUCGAACAAAUUCAUUUUAUUUAGUUAUUUCUAACGAUAUUUUACGAGAAAAAUUUAGAAAAUUUCUUCGAACAGUUUUUAAUGCUGAACCUGUUCAUGUCAUUUUUAAUUAUGUUAAUCGAGCUGUUAGAAAUCCAAAUAAUAAAAAUGAUAAUGAUAUUUAUCAAGAAUUACAAAAUGCUUUAAAAACAAGGCAAUUUGCUUUUACACGAAAAAUUUUUGCUAUUGUUAAACAACUUCGACAACUUAGAUUACAAAUUAAUGAUAUGUUAAGACAACAAAUAACUAUUUUCAAACAUUUAGGAUAUUGUGGAAAGAUUCGGGAUAUAGUAAGUAUUGGUGAUGGUGGUCGAUGUAUUAAAGAAUUACGUCAAAUAUUAAAAAUAAAAGAUGGUCGUGUUUAUAUUGUUAAUGAACGUCAACGUUUGACAGAUAUUAUUGAACGAAAUAGUUUAUUUUCUAUUGGCAAUUUUAUUCCUUAUAAUUUUUCAAAUCUAACUGACGUUCCUAUUCCUAGUGAAUCAAUUGAUCUUGUUGUUUGUUAUAUGGGUUUACAUCAUUUACCACAGGAUCAACUUGAUAUAUUUUUAAAAAUGAUCUAUCGAAUUCUUCGUCCAAAUGGUUUAUUUCUAUUUCGUGAACAUCAUGCAUAUGAACAACUUAAACCAUUAUUAGAUGUUGCUCAUAUGGUAUUUAAUGUCGUUACGGAUGUUGAUUAUAAAUUAGAAACAAAUGAAAUACGAGCAUUUCGUACUAUUGAACAAUGGCGUUCUUGUGUAAGACAAAUAGGUUUUCAAGAUACUUUCAUUUAUGAUGAGCAAGAAGAUGAUCCAACAGAUGAUAUUAUGAUUGUUGUUCGAAAACCGGAAACACAAUAUUUCAAUACUAAUGAUAUGAAUGAAAUAAUUGAAAAUAAAACUUAUACGAAAAUAUCUGCUUAUCACGAAUCAAAUUAUUUUCGUCCCUUGGAAUGGUUAGUUGUUCGUAUUAUAAUGGAAUUUGGACAAUAUUUAAAUCAUACGCCCUUUUAUUAUUUUCCUUAUAUGAAAUAUCUUUCAAUUUAUUGGUCAUUAAGUUUUACUGAAACUGAUUUUGCUAUAAAAAAAUUUGGUUUAAUAAAAGCACUUUUUGUAUCACCUGCAUUUCUAAUGAAUGUUGCUGUUGGUACGUUUUUAUCUAUGGCAUUUUUACAAUUAUCUUUUAUUUCAUUUCUUAUUCGAGCUGUACCUGCUGCUCAAUUUGGACCUGAAUAUGAACAAUUAAUUAUUGAAAAAAUUGAUGAAAAUAAUGAAGAUUUUAAUUUUAAAGAAUCUAUUGAUGAAAGAAUUGAUGAUAUACAAAUAUUAAUAGAAAAUCGUUUAUAUGCUAUACGAGUACCAAGACAUCAAGUAUUUAAUUCAAUAUUAAAAAAAAUUGCCUUACAUUCAACAAAAUUUAAUCUUUUAUCAGUAUCAGAACAAAAAGAACAAAUUCAAAUUGAAUUAGCCAUUAAUAACAAUGAUAAUGAACGUCUUUUAUGGUUAAAACAACGAUCUAAUAUGGAUAUUAUAUUUGAAUAUAAAAGUCCACUUGAUCAAAGUCAAACACGUAUUAUUUUACGUGUUAAACUUAGACAUUUACUUACAUUAAUACGCGAAUGUGCUCAAUUUGAAGCUGAUAAUUCAUUGACUAUUAUUCAAAUUUAUGAUCAUUUCUAUUAG